AUGGCGCAGCAGGACGCGCAGCCCACGACUCAAGCACCUUUCUGCCCGGUCUGCGGCACGAUAUACAGCCGUAUCGAUCACCUUCGGCGGCAUCUUGCAGCUCAUACUGACGAUUUCCCACACUCGUGUCAAUUAUGUAACAAAAGAUUCAAACGUAGGGACGUUCUCAAACGUCACUACCAAGCUUGUUCUGCAAGCCAGAUUGCCAUCGAUUCUUGGCCUGGUUCAGACGAAAAACCAAAGAUGACCCGAAAAGCAUGCGACCAGUGCUUCAAACUGAAGCGAGCUUGUAACUCUGCACGGCCCUGCCAAACCUGUGCUCUGAGAAGGUCAAUUUGCACAUACUCAAGGCUAAACAGACAGCCGCUGGAAACAUCGGUCUCACCGACACAGCCAGAUGCAGAUACUGCAGAGAUGCUUUGCGCAGCAACGCAGACGACAACGAUGGGUCUACAGAAGGGUACAGAUGUCUCCGUGGAGGAAGUUAAGACGGUUGCACCAUCGCACAUUUGGCAGAUGCAUCUUCGACACCGGCCGUCGUCCGAGUUCGGUCCGACUACAGACGUAUUUGGUGACGAGAGCCGUUCUCCUGUUCUAGAAUGCUCCACAGAUGCCAGUGACCCGGAGAGAGACCCUGCGGAAUCCUUCGACUUUCUUGUCCGUCAUGUCAACAACGAGUCUGGAUUGAGGGGUGCGUUUGGGGUGGACAGUAGCCUAGUCGAGGAGGAUACUUCAUGCGUGGAGGUCACGCAGGGAUUCUCGUCCGUGAUGUCUUCCCACGCUAUCGAGGAGUCACCAAGAACCCUUUUCGAGCGUCAUUCAGCCAAUGCGAGACGGUACAGUCGACGACAGGUCAACCUCGAUCCUUCCGAUAAGCAACAGACUCCGAGGCUUAUCAAAGAUCCAUUUGACGGGGAUUGGCGAACAAGAUCAUCAGUCUUUAUGUCUCCGGCCUUCGACUUCAGUACGUCGAACUCAAACUCUCUAGGCGCCUCACAGCGCUCCCCGAUCCAGAAGUUAGCUGACAGCAAGUGCAUCCUGUCUGCCGACACGAUGCACAGCACACUGGCCUUGAAAAGCCAUGAGGUAGUCGUUGCCCUCAAAGCCACGGUCAAUCUUCGUGGUUCAGACGUCAAGUCGGCGCUGGGCGACUGGUCCGCGCUCAAAGAAAGUGCAUGUUGGGCUCUGUGGCACCCUAACUGGCCCGCGAUUCAUAAACCAUCUUUCACCGCUGCAACGAGCCCUUGUGAACUCGUUGCACCCAUGGCUUUGAUCGGGGCGUCCCUGUCGCCACACUCCUCGGACCGGGAAGACGCCAGGGUUUGGUUCGACGUUGUGGAAGAAAUGGUUUUCUGCAACAUAGAAACAAUGGACUCCUCAACGUCGAUAAUAGCAACGACGUCCACUACGCAAUCUUGUCGUCCGGGACAGCUCGAGGUCUGGGUACACUCCCUCCAAGCUGCGUAUGCCGUGUGUCUGUACCAGAAUUGGGAGGGCCGAGAUGCAGCGAAAGAAAGAAUCCGCAAACGGCGCUUCAGCUCCCUGAUAUCAAUGACGCGCAUCCUCAUGAAACAUGCCAAUCACAGGGCACUUCGAGAGUUGUUAGAACACGGGCAGUUGUUUCGGUGGGAAAAAUUCGUCCUCCAUGAACAACUAAUCCGCGUCAUCAUAUACGUGUUCCUCCUCGAUACCGCCUUCACCAUCUUCAACAACGUACCCCCGAGAAUGGUGAUUCGGGAGAUGACCAACGACCUGGCCUGCCCGGAGCCUUGCUUCCAAGCCUCCACUGCAGAGGAGUGCGGCGACGAGUUCCAGAAAUGGACCACACACCCAAUCCAUUCCCACUGCGGCGGCGGUGGCUCUCUCUACGCUUCCAUACGUCGUUUUCGGCAGGACAGGAUCGAACUCAGCGGGCAACGCUGUCUUGCUGACAUCGGCGUCCUGAACCUCUGGACCAUCGUGAGCUCUUUUCACAACUUCAUUUUUCACAUCGACCCUGGCUUUGGGUCCGAAUCCCAAAUUGCAGCCAUGGAAAAUGCCAUCGCCAACUGGCGAGUGGUAUGGAACCUCCGGCGAGCGCACUGCUCUCGCGGGCCGACUGACCUAGGACGAUCCCCUUGUAGUGGGUUGUCAUCAUCAGUGUGCGAUCCGAAUCAAGUUUGGAAACGAAUAGGGUUCAUGCGAGAAGCUCCUGAAUACUGGCUGCUGGCACGAGUCAAACUGGAAAGGUUGUCCUCGACGCAGCGAAGCCUCGAAGCUGCUGAAGGCCUAUCAGGUUUCAACAGUCGGCUUUGCAAUAUGCCUGGCAACAUCCUGCCGAAGUACGACGAAACGAGCAUGGAGCAGCUCAGCGAAUUCAUAGACAGCUUCGCGGCCAUGAAAGUGAAAGAUGAUGACCGAGAAUCUGAGACUGAGAGUCUGGGAGACCCAAGUACAGGCAUUUUACCAUCUCCCGGUGCGCCCCAGCCCGACCGUUGGGUUUUUUUGAGCUGA